AUUUAAUUAAAAAUAAAAUCGUAAAUUUUAAGUGGUGAAAGCCGAUUUCGAAAUGGCGUUACUUAGAAAAUCUUUUGUGAUAUACUUUUUUGUUUUAUUGGGUUACAUUGCGGGUGCAAGCUGUGCUGACUUACGCUGCUAUCUGGGGUCAUUCGAAGAUUACCAACAAUAUUCACUGAAAAACCCUAGCCCUCUUUUAUUUUCAUCCUGCUUCCAAUCUCAAAGAGAAACAGUUUUCUACACAUUUGGGUACAAUGGUGUAGCUACCGGUCGGUCCGUAGAGGCCAUAGUAAACGCGUACCUGAAUAAAUCUAAUAUUUUACUAUUAAACUGGGAAAAAGAAGCAGCAAUCGGUAUACUUGGACCUAUAUCGUAUGCCCUGACCGCUAUCCCGAAUGCGAAAAGGGUUGGUGUAGAAUUUGCCAAUACAUUGAUAACACUAUCCAAUAAUGGACUAGAUCUGUCAAAUGUUCAUUUGGUAGGAUUCUCGCUUGGAGCACAACUCUUUGGAUACACCGGUGACGAAGUGAAGAAACAAGGAAAGAUAAUCAAACGAAUUACUUGUUUAGAUGCAUCAGGACCUUUGUACGAUGGUAUAAUAUCGCUCCCUGGAGUAGACGCUUCCGCUGCAGAAUAUGUAUAUGCAAUUCACACUAACCCUGGUGUGCUGGGUACCACAGAAGCUGUAGGCACGGUCGACAUUUGGGUAAACUGUGGGAAUCGCCUGCAACCAGGCUGCGAGGGGUCUGGUAUUGGAUUGUUGACAAAACAAAAUUUGUGUAGUCAUGAUUGCGCAUGGAAAUAUUUCGCGGUAGCUGUAGGACGACCAACCGCUUUUCAAGCGGGGCAUGCAAGUGACUGUGACGCCUGGAUGCAGGGCAACGGAACCGAUCAAACAAUAAAUAUGGGAAAUCAUAUUGACACUGAGGCGCGUGGCAACUAUUAUUUAUGGACCACCUCAUCAUGGCCAUAUGGAUUAGGCGAACAGGGUUUACAUCCUGAAUUCGUGUAAAUAAGUAAAUGUAAAAUAAAAAUAUAAAUUGAUAAUUUAUUUUAGAAAUAUUUAUAGCAUGAAGCCUUAAAUUUGUAUCA